AUGGCCUUCUACAACUCUUUCUUGGUUGCUUUCUCUGGCUUCCUGUUCUUCUGCAGCGCCAAUGCCUUCAACAUCACGAAGCUUCUUGACAAGUACCCGGAUUUCAGCACCUUCAACUCGUAUCUGACCCAAACCAAACUUGCAGGCGAGAUUAACAGUCGCCAAACCAUCACCAUUCUUGUGGUGGACAAUGGUGCUAUCUCCUCCCUAUCAGAUAAACCGGAAGAUGUCUUGAGGAAUAUCUUAAGCCUGCAUGUAGUGCUUGAUUACUAUGAUGUCCAAAAGCUCCAAAAACUUCCCAAAAAGACUGCCAUCUUGACCACGCUUUUCCAGGCUAGCGGUUUGGCCUCCGGGCAACAAGGCUUCCUGAAUGCAACUGAUGUGAGCCCUGGAUCAGUUGCGUUCGGAUCAGCUGUUAACGGUUCACAACUUGAUGUCAAUCUGGUCAAGUCAGUUGCUUCUCAUCCAUAUGACAUUUCAGUUUUGCAGGUCAGCGGUGCCAUUGUUCCUACAGGCAUUGAGAAAACCAAAAACAACAAUUCCAGUGGCCAUUCAACUCCUCCACCAAAACGUUCACCUUCCCCUGCAGCCACCCCGGCUCCUGCACCAUCUAAAGCAGCCCCAGCGCCCAAGGCACCCAAAAUGCCCGCCUCCCCUCCUCGCCCUGCUGAUGCACCGGCCCCAAGCUGGUCCUCAGCAGACUCGAAACCAGUAAAGUCUGACAGCGCAGACAGAGCUCUCCGGCAACUUAGCGUUCUUAAGUUGAUAGUGCUAUUGACCCUGUCGCUGGUAUCCAUCAUUUGAUCAGGCUUCGGGACCAGUGUGUUCCAGAAUUUUGCGUUGGUCUCUUUGUUUUUUCAAAGUGAUUUUCAGGGUUUUGCAACUCAGGAGCUCAAAGCCGGUGCAGUUGCAUAACCAUUCAACAUAAGCCCCUCCAUUUCCUCGUUUGAAACUCUUGUUUGUAAUGGAGGCCCAAAGCCAAUUGCCACUGCAAUCUGUUCAGCAAGAUGUGUGACAGGGCAGUGACUCUUGAGCUGUUUUGAUAAUAACAUCACAGCAGUUCUCAAAUUCUGCAUAAUGUGUCCUGAAAUUUCUCCUACUUAUCUCUUUCACGGCUUUCUAACUCAAAUGCUCAAUAUGAUGU